UACAAGCCGAAACGGUCGUGUGUGUAGGAGUCAGAAUUUCGGCACAUCAAUUCGACUGAUAAGCCGCAGAUCCAAGCCAACAAACAGCAGCGAGUUAAGUGUUAAGAAGAUUCACAUUUAAAUGGAAAUUAGUCGAGUCAAUAUCACGUGAAGUUCUGUGAGCAACUCAGCGUGGAGUCAAGAAUUGAACAUAAUCAAAUAAAUAGUUUACACAAAUAGACGCAAAGAUGAUCGAGCGACGCAGUCAACUGGAUAAGAUAAUUAUCACAGCCAUGGACCGUUUUGUAUGGUUUGUGUUGCUGGUGGUCAUGACGCACCUGGUGACGGAAUUUACACGUGUCACCGGCUAUGCGAGAGGACAACGCCAGGAGCUGGUGCUAAUCAACGAUACGCUGCUGCAGCCGAUGCCUGUGCAGAAUAUGCUGCUCUAUCCGAGCUACGAUUAUGCACACUCUGAAAGACCUCAGUCCGCAGUUAGCAGCGGCAAUAGCAUACAACAGAAUGCCGCAUUGGUACUGGGGAAUUUGGGCGGCGGUGCGGCGAGUGGUGCCAGCGUUGCAGGCAGCAAUGCAGCUGAAACGAGCUUCCCAUUCUUCAGCCUGCGACCCUUAAUCGACAGCAUUUUCGAGAUUCCCAUAUCCACUUUGCGAGCCGUCAACAAUAUGGUGGGUCGCCUCACAGGCAGCUAUCGCCAGGCGGAUGCUGUGGAGAAAUCGGUAACUAUCGUCGCGGAGGAGCCACUACGUCUGCCAGCGGCUCAUCCGGCAGCGGUGCCCAGCAAGUUUCGACUGUCCAGCACUGGCGCCGCUGAGCGUCAUCAAAUGCGCGAGGAGCUGGCGUAGUUGACGAGCCAAGCACAGCGCUUCACAUUUAAAUUUACGUUUUCGUUUACGUUUACGUUUACAUUUAUUCGUAAUUAGUUCGUAAUUCAACUUUGACCUUCGGCCAAACAAAGGGCAAGGCGCACACGUUUCUCAAUGUUGUGAAUGUUGUGUUUAAUGGGCAUUUCUAUGUGUUAGCUACGACUCUUAAGUGUGUGUGAGUGUUUUUAUGUGUAUGUGCAUGUGUGAAUGUAUGUGUGUUCUUCUUUUAGAGCUUAGCUUUUAGAUGUUUUCGUUGUGAUAUAUGUAAAGUCGUUGUAAGUCUAAUUUAACUGUAUUUAUAAAAGAAACAAGUAUAAAAAAUAUAUGUAAAA